AUGCCAAGUCUUCCUGCAGAAACCACCAUAUCAGAUAACGCAACGCCCACAAGCAAUUCUGUCAUUCCAUCUGACAACCUUGAGUCCCGUGGACCACCAGAGGAGAAGAAGAAACAAGCACGACACCGUAAACAAACUCGAAGAAAUGUGGAUUCCAAAAUACCUUUAGGGACUCGAGUCUCUGAAAGAGGACAGACUGGGAGUUCUCCUGAAGGCCAUAGACGUCAGAACAAUGCUGGACGGCGAAACGCUUUCCAACGAAAAGUAGGAGGGCAAGAUGGUGUUAUUGCUGCCGAUGAGAGCACAGGCGAACCGUCGGGCCACUCUUCGCCACCCGAUCCCAUUACAGGGCACACCGGGGUUGAACGUGGGUCAGGCAGACGAGGCCGAGGAAGUGGACGCGGACAGGACAAACCCACCGUUCCUCCGCGGGGAGGACGAAGGAAGAAAAUCAACGCAAAACUGACUGAAGCUGAUACCGAGACACCCUCGGAGGGCUUCCGGCAGCCUGCACCGCGCAAAAGGACUAAGGCCGACACUCUGAUCAACAGACUCAUCGAUUCUCUUAGCAUAUCUCCUUACGCAGAUUGCCCAAUUUGUUUCAACGCCAUUCAUCCUGCUCAACCGAUAUGGAGCUGCUCCCCGACUAGUUCUCGUGAUUCUGCUUCUGCGAAUGAUGCUGAAAUUGUGCCUGGUGAUACACAAUGCUGUUAUGCUCCAUUCCACCUGAAAUGCAUCAAGUCCUGGGCUUCAAAAUCGGUCAAGGACAUGCGUGAUGCAUACCUCGCAAGAGGAGAAUUGGGAAAAGAAGGAGAGUGGCGCUGUCCCGGCUGCCAGCGCAAACGGUUAAAAGUCCCAAACUCAUAUUUAUGUUUCUGCGGUUCAACUCCGGAUCCACGACCUCCACGUCUAGCUACACCUCAUAGCUGUGGAAACCCUUGUUCUCGUCCGCGCCCUUGUAAUCAUGCAUGCCCUCUUGCCUGCCACCCAGGACCAUGUCCACCAUGUCAAAUCACAAUACAGAUGUCGUGUCACUGUCGUCGACAAAUGAAGUCAUUCAGAUGCUCAGACCUGGCAGCAAACAGGAAUUCAGGGGCAUCGACAGCAGAGUUAUCUUGUGGGAGCAUUUGUGGAAAGGGGCUCGGGUGCGGAACGCAUUCCUGCCCAAAAUUAUGUCAUACAGGUCCUUGCGAAGAAUGCCCAAUCGUCGAGGCAGGGAGAUGCUAUUGCGGUAAAAGCUCAAAGUCGCUUAAGUGUGGAGAGGGUGAACAGAAGGACUGUUCUAUCAGGAACGACGAUGGUAUUCUGGAAGAGUGGGAUGGUAGAUUUGCUUGUGCAGAGCCUUGUGGACGGCCGUUUGACUGUGGCGUACACAAAUGCGUGAGGCCAUGCCAUCCGCCUUCUACGUCUGCACCGCAAUGUCCACGCGCCCCAUCCCUCGUCACGCAUUGCCCAUGCGGAAAGAGGCUACUGGAGGAGCUUGAAGGCGGUCUACGGAUGAAAUGUUCGGACUCGAUUGCGACAUGCGGAAAUACGUGCAUGAAGAAACUAGACGGAUGCAAGCAUGUUUGCUCUGCACCUUGUCACGUCGGACCAUGUCCGCCGUGCGCUAUCCUUCUAAUUAUUCCCUGUCGCUGCGGAUCGACGACACGCGCUGUCAAGUGCCACGAAAGCACUUCAUCGUCUUCGACGGAUAUCAUCUGCGAUAAGCCUUGCACCGCCCUCCGUGCUUGUGGACACCACCGCUGUAAUCGUCUAUGUUGUCCACUCGCAGCGUUGGACAGUGGUACAAAGGGUAAGAAGAAAGGCAAAACGAAAGGACAACCUUAUCAAGCUGUCGAAUUGGAGCUUGGAGACGAGGCACGCUGGCACGAGUGUGAUCUGAUUUGCGGGAAAAUGUUGGGUUGCGGGAACCAUUUUUGUGAGGAGAGAGAUCACCGAGGACUGUGUCCACCCUGCCUAAGGUCUUCAUUUGAGGAGAUGAUUUGCCAUUGUGGACAGACCAUCAUUGAACCGCCAAUCCCUUGUGGAACACGGAUCAGCUGUCAUUACCCAUGUUCCCGUCCACCUCCGCCUUGCGGACAUCCCAAAGCAACUCACACAUGUCAUGAAGAUCCGACUCCAUGUCCUCCGUGCAUAUUCUUGACAACAAAGACGUGUGCUUGUGGAAAGAAUUUUGUAGACAACAUAAGAUGCUCUCAGGAGAAGGUGUCGUGUGGAACUACGUGCGGAAGGCUUCUGGACUGUGGUUUUCAUCAUUGCCAACGAACCUGUCAUGACGGGGACUGUGGUACAUGCACAUCUAUGUGCGGAAAACCUCGUAAAUUAUGUCUCCCUGCUCAGCAUGCAUGCACUACCCCGUGUCACGCUCCAGCGGCAUGUUCAGAGGAUGAGCCGUGUCAGGCAUUAAUCACUCUGCGUUGCCCUUGCGGGAGGCAGCAGCAGCCUUCGCAGUGUGGCCGUAGUAUCUCAAACCCCGCAGGCCGUGAAAUAACACAACAACUGAAAUGUACUAAUGAGUGUGGUAUUGCAAAACGAAAUGCUCGCCUUGCAGAGGCACUUGGAAUUUCGAAGGAGGUGCAAGAUAGGGAUAGCCAACGACCCGUGACGUAUUCAAACGAGCUUAUAGCAUUUGCGCGUGCGAAUACCAAGUUCUGUACCGUGGUUGAGAAAUCAUUUGUAGACUUUGUGAGCUCGGAGAGAAAGUCUCAAAUUCUGCCUCACAUGCACGAAGGACGGAGGAAAUUCGUUCACGAUCUUGCUGGCAUAUAUAGGAUGGACACUCAGAUAGUUGAUCAGGAGCCUCAAAGAAGCGUUCAGUUGAUUCGUCGGAUCGACACCCGGAUACCGAAGCCUCUGCUAUCGAGCGUAGUAAAUCCACCUUCUACUCUAGGCAAGCUUGCGGAUCUGCGAUCAUCUACACAUACUAGUGCACCGGUAGCGCGACCGAGCUCGGCGUCGUCAAAUCCUCCUCUUGGCCCACAAAGCUCGAGCGCAGGACGCGGGUGGACAGCUGUAGUAGCUAAUCCAGCCCCACAACCGCCUGCGUCCGCCUGGAAUGCACCGACCAGACCGGCUAAAACGAGAACGAAUAAUGGGGAAGAGGUCUCGUCGCGGUUGACUCCGAUGGGACGGGCGAGCACACCUACUGCGGUGGGACAGACGUAUGGUACACCUGUUCCGGAGAGUUGGGAGAAUGAUGAAGCCUAGUCGGGAUUAUCUACAACUGCACACUCCCAAUUACAAACCAACUGACCCGAUGAGGGAUAAGGAAUGAUUCAGUUUUGUGGUAUGGAGGUUAGCAGGCAGAUUCCUUCUCAUGUCUCUGUGCAGGAUACUUGCCUUGCUUACAAACAUCCAUCCUUGUGAAAAAUGCAAAUGCAUUCUAAUAUGUAGAAGUUGGACGAAUUGUGAUGUAGGAUAUACAUAUAUAGCUUGUGAUGGCAAUUUACACUGGCAAUGCCGAAG